UGAUAAGUAUUUCACUUCGCAUGCUCAUAUGCAAGAACUCAUGCUUCUGAAUGUGUCUGGAUGGCGGCAAAGGCCAUGGCCAUGCUUCUGGGACGUGGCGUGCUGCAAAAGCCACGAUCGGAAGCUUCCAUUUCUUAGUUUUGGCCCUGGUUGCAGCCAGAGGUGAGGAGUUCAUGCCAAGGCGUGGAAAGUACAUAAAGGUAAGUUAUAUAUUUUGGAGAGUAAAAUGUUGGUACCAAUGCUCUCCCCUAUCUUCCUCGCUUCCCCGUAGCACCAAUCCAGCCCAACCUUGGUCAAUGUCCAGGCAUACCGCGAAUUUGCUUCGAAUGCUCCUCAAGCUUUUCGGAGAGUCCGUAAACUCCUCAGUACAUAUGCACCUAUGAGGCUUUCGAUGGUUUCUCGGCUGCCUUCAUAUUGAGACAUGGCACGUUGCUUUUCCUCCAAGCUUCUUCUGAGCUCCUCAAUGGUGAUUGUUCCAGAUGACCGCAGAAUUACCCCACUUACACAUGGCACCCAAAAACCCCAACAAGUCA